CCGCCGAUUGCUGCCUCGAUUUCAAGGCUUGAGGAACAUCAAAAUUUUGCUGGCGAGCACUGACUGAUCUGCAUCCUCCGUUUUCAAGCUUCUGGCAAGCUCCUGCAAAACCAAAGCAGCAACCCCAGCGCCUCCCAGAUGUGAGCCGCAGAUGUGAGCCGCGUUCCGAGCCAACUUUUCAACACCCCUCGAACCUCUAGCGACCUUUUCCAGGACGCUGGACGGUCACGUUCUCGCCGCGGACGGUAACUGCGUGGUGGAAUAUUCCCGCAUCAAGCCGAGGCCGUCAUGAAGCACUCCCGAUAUGGCUGAACCCACAACAGUCGCCGCAUUUUCCGCUGGCAGAGAUGCCGCGCCGGACAGUGCCCCAAUUGCCGCAGUCGCCUCAGCAUCAUCAGGGCGGGCCUCACCACCGAAGCCAUCGCUGAACCAGAUCUACGCUCUGCCUGCGCCAAUUCGGACCUUCCCGCUCCCCGCAUUCUACCCGAACAAUCCCAUCUCGCUCCUUCAUUUGGCCUACGCCUGGCUGAGCCAGGUGUUCCGACCGCCGCCGCGCGAGCCGUCGGUUAUCCACGUCGGUGUGUGGGAUCCCGAGACCCGCUCCGUGCAUGUCCGCGAUCCUACAUCCAUCCGGGCUCUCUGGGAGCAAGGCUUUUACGGGAAAGGAAGCUUGAGUCGAAGCGAGCCGAAUUGGCUGAAGCGGGAGCUGGCCAGACGUGGCUCGCCCGAAGGCAAGACGGUCAGCGAAGCGCGCACGGAGCAGCGGCGAGAGGAGCGGCGUCUUGCCAAGUGGGAGAGAGCCAAGGCAGAGUUGGAGGCCAUCGAGAAACAAAGGCUCGCGGAAGCGGCAUCUCACGCCGCCGCAGCCGAAUUGAGCAAGGUGAACGGUCUUGGCCUAGAGCCUGCGGAUGCCACUGCGUCGCUGGGGGUGCCGGAUUCAGCGGCGCCCCCCGUCGGCACACCGAACUCGACAGACACAAUUGCCGAGGCGAUUGCACAACGCGCCGUGGCAGGCGAGGACGUGACAGUCUUCCAGCUCAACAGAACUGUGACGAGCUGUGGUGACCAACCCAAAGCGCCUGUCAGUCCGGCUGAAUUGCUGGCGCUCCCCAACUCGUCGGCAAGGCCGAUUCGUCCAAUACCUGCGCGCCCUCCGCAGUGGAAGCCACCAGUUGGCCCGGCGGAAUUACUCUUGUUGCCCAACUCCCUGACGGAUUUGGUUGCGCAAGCAGUCAAGCCAAACGCUACUCCCUUGAGGAGGGAGCAUCAGCCGGCAGUACCAGCCACAGCAGUCAACGGCCAUGCCGGCCAGAAGAGUGAUAGCCAUGGCGAAGUGAAUGGAGCCAGUGACAACUAUGGACGCUCGGCGCAGGCGAGUGCCUCGGCGGGCGACCGAAUGGCACGCAAGGUGUCUCGUAACCAGACCCAGCCAAAUGGCACAAUCGACGCCGCUGUUUCACCCCCGUCCUCAGAAUCCCUUGAAGAUGCUCUUGGGGAGACCAAAGAGCCAAAGGCUUCAAAGCGCCGCAAGAGCGUCCGCUUCUCGCCCACGGUCGAGUCCACCACGUUUGUGCAUUCCGACCCCCCAAGUCCGUACCGCUCGGCGAGUCUUUCAUCAAAAAGCGGGACGGCCGCGUUGCCGAACGGAGAAGCGACCUCGAAGCCUGUGACCUCGCUCGCAGCCCCCCCAGCAGCUCAGCCUGUCUCGGAGAGUCCACCAGAGCUUGGCCUGGACGCCCCGGUGAGCGCGACCGAGAUCGAGAACAAAGAGCACUUCCAGCUUGCGCCCGAAGAAGCGUUUUUCCUCGUCUUUUCGCUCGGAGCGCUCCGGGUCGUGGAUCCGGUGACUAGUAGUCCCAUCUCGACGGAACAUCUCCUGUCCCUAUUCAGGGCUUACUCGCACUUCCCGCCCCGGCCACUUGGAUCCUGUCUGGGGCCCGACGACCCUUUCCUUGUGAACUACGCCGUCUAUCACCACUUUCGCUCGCUGGGCUGGGUGCCCCGCCACGGCAUCAAGUUCGGCGUCGACUGGAUUCUCUACCAGCGCGGGCCCGUCUUCGACCACAGCGAGUUCGGCAUCAUGGUCAUGCCUACCUUUUCAGACCCCUCCUGGGAGGACCACGAGCAUAACGCGCCGAGGCGGUCCUGGUCCUGGCUGAUGGGCGUCAACCGGGUGCUCUCGCACGUUCUCAAGAGCCUCGUGCUGGUCUACGUCGAUAUCCCGUCGCCGCCCGUGUUUGACGAGCAGAUGCGGCGAGGCGGGAUCGCCGCGGCGCUCAAGAAGUACACGAUUCGAGAAAUUAUGGUGCGACGGUUCUCGGUCAAUCGCAACCGGUGAUGUAGAAAAAGGAUUGUGCAUAAGGUGCAUGGACAUGGCGUUGGGCUGGGUAGGAUAUCCUCAUGGCAUCGGGCAUGGAUGAUGUAUGGGACCAUAAAUGAUUCGAGGUUCCAGAUACUAUUCUGGAG